CUCGCCGAACCCAGGGAACAAUAACAUCGUAAUGGAAACUAUGUACUUUGGUGGCUAUGCAGCGGAGUUUCCUGGAGGGCAACCAGUUUCAGGAUACGUGUCAAUGCCACCAAUGAAUCCUCAGUCUCCAUCAUUUCCAACAAAUCCGGUCUCAGGUCAAGGUCAAUUGGUGUCUGGGAUCGACCCUAGAUAUUUGGCAACAUUUGCAGAUAGCAACGCAUCGUACAUAGCUGGACAAAGACCGUCAGUACAACGUUCAUGCGAACGACAAAUUGUUAAUAACGGCAUGCCAUUUGUUGGCGACUAUCAAAAUCGCACUUUUGCUGGUGCAGAGCGACAUAAGCCCAAAACAUUUACACAACAGCAAGUGAUGUCUUCAACUCCAAACUCAAUGGCUAAGGCCCGCGAUCCGCAGAAAAGUGUGUAUGACAAUGUUCAAGUAUUAACCGAUGGUCAGAAAAUGUCGGACGUCGUUCAAAAACCUCGAAUUUCCUGUCCUGCACAGCUAUCUGCGGUAGACGUUGAUUUACCGAAGAGAGAAUACCAGAACCCUGUGAAGACACGUCUGGAUAAAAUAAAGGUCAUACAAAAAAAUGGACCGCGCGCAUUUUCUGGUCCUGUGGAAAAAGUACUAAAAUGGCACAAAGCUCUACAAGAUGUUGGAAUUUUGAUUUUGUACGAAAUUGUUGCAAAAUGUGUAAGCGUAAGACCAGGAGAAUCCUGUGCGAAGAAUUUAGUGAUUCGGGAUGACAAUGGACCCGCCAUUCAAGUUGUUUAUUAUGAAAUCGACUUCUUGCUACCAGAACUAAAGCCACCUUGCACGGUCAGAGUGAUCGGUCGUAUAAUGCCCGGAACAUGCAGACUACAGGCUUUCAGUGUAAGAACAGCUACUGGCGACGACGUAGCGAUUCUACCUCGACGAGCAGCCGUAGCUUCACACCACGUGUCUAAAAUCUGCAAGGAAUUUGACAUAGCUGUCUAAUUUUUCAUCCUAUUUUGUUUUUUAUUUUGUUGUAGUUAAUAAAAUAUGUCGAGAUUAACC